CUAACUUCUGACCAAGUCGACGAGGUCCCACAAAUAAGAACAUCGACAUUAGUCGAACCUGCCACACAUGACAAAUAUGUAAGCCUGCCCCUCAUUCCACCAUUAACAGGCGUUCUUUUCAGCCAAACUAAAGAUAGGAUCCACACCAUGUCUAGAUCUGACGUGGUUUAUCGCAUUCCAUGUGAGAACUGUGAGUCUGUGUAUGGUGGACAGACAUCACAAUGUUUGAAAAGACGUAUCUCAAUACAUAAGAGUGACGCCAGAUUACGACCUGAUAGAUGUGCAUUAGCUAGCCAUUCGUCCUCUCUAGACCACCAUUUUAAGUUUGAUGAAGUUGAAAUAUUAUGUACCAAUUCUAACUAUAAUAAAAGAAGUUUCCUUGAAAUGUGUUUUAUAAAUGAAAAUGAAAAUAAUAUAAAUAAGAAGACUGACUUGAAGAAUUUAAGUGUUGUAUAUAGUUAUUUGUUAUCCUUAGAUCGUAGGCCAUCUAGACAAACAUGACUUUAUGUCACUUUGUGAAUUGUUGUUUUCUCUGUGUUCCCCUGUUCUGUGAGUUUUAACCUUUAAAAUUGACAUAUGCAUUACGGCAACGUUUCUGAUAUUUCUACGAUUAUUGUAUUUUUAUUGAAUUUUAUGAGUAGAAGACCUAUUGUAGCUGCACUUAUCAUCUUAAAUAAUACUGUCCAGUCAGAUGUAAGCAUAGAUUGCUGUUUUUACAACUUUGUAAUUUGUGUGAUUUUUUUAGCAUCCUGAAGAAGAACCGCAUAUUGGUUCGAAAUAUAGAUGAAUAGACUAUAGACUGUUGAUCUUUUCUAAAUUGCCUAGAUACCCAACCACACCUACUUACUUUAUUCGGCAAAUAAUUUAUCUCACUGAAUUGUACAGAGAUGGGUUUCUUUGAUGACGUAGGUUUGGCGUAUGGUAGAACUGCGUCUGAACAGAUGAGACUAUGGGCUCAUUUGAACACCAAAUUGGCGAGGUUGGCUUGUAGAAGGAACUUCUUGCUCCAUUGCAGAACGACCGGUAUUUUACCCAGACAUAUCGUCCAGAACAUCAAAUGUUUGACCAACCUCUUAUCAGAUGAUGCCGAGAACAACAGAAAGGUUAGUCUUUUUAACAAAAAAAUAUCUACCAGAAUUCUUAACAUGGAGAUUUCCUUCACCAUUAAGAAAAUCAAUAAUUUUUCUUCCACUUUGGAAUACCUGAAAACUGAAUUGUUGGUACUCGUUCCAACUAGCAUCCUUGAACGAUUUUACAUUUCACAGAACCGAUCAUACAAGAAAGUAUUUUCCAACAACAAGAAGCUUCUUGAAAAGAAGUUCCUUGCACUAAAAAAACGAAAAAUCCAGUCCAUCCAAAUCAGAGAUGAAUGGCUUUGCAAUCUCACUACUACACAGAUUCCCACAGAAGUUAAGGUUAUCUUGAGUCUGGGACCUAAAUUUGGUGUGGCUCCCCUUCCUGUUAAAGACAUACCUAUCAAGAAUAUUGUGGCAGAUGUAGAGAACAUAAUCAACUUGGCUCCUAUCACCAGGCAGAAUAUCUUGAGAGCUAAAUGCACUAAUGCUAUUACCAACUUCGUGCACAAUUCAAAGAUGACACAUAACUUUGAGCACUACCUUUUGACCAAUGCUAGAAGAUUUGUCAAGACACACGAUGACUUGGUUAUCACUCCUGCUGACAAAGGUAACAUCACAGUAAUACUUUCCACAGAACAGUAUGAACAGAAAAUGAACCAGCUUCUACAAGACUCGUCAGUUUACAAACAAUUAAGGAGAGACCCUACCAAUGAAUUUCAAUGUAAAAACAACAAAAUUGUCAAACAACUGAAAGACAAAGGUUUUAUUGAUGCUUCCAUGGCCAGAAAAUUAACCACCUAUAAAGCGAUUCCACCAAGAAUAUAUGGACUUCCUAAAGUACACAAAGCAGACAUCCCAUUGAGGCCCAUCGUCUCCACAAUUGGCUCAGCGUCAGUUGAACUCAGUCAAUUUAUGACACAGAUUCUCACAGAAGCAUUCUCAGAUUUCCAUGAUUAUACCAUAGCUGACUCUUUCCAAUUUGCUUCCAAAAUUAAUAACUUUAUAUUACCCCAAGGGUAUAAACUCAUUUCCUUAGAUGCUGUCAGUUUAUUCACUAAUAUUUCACUAGAGCUAGUUAUACAAAUUAUCCAACAGGAAUGGUCCAGAGUAAGUCAGGUCACAACCAUAGAUAUAUCACUUUUUCUAAUAAUCAUAAAGUUUUUGUUUGAGUCCAGCUAUUUCGUUUUCAAGGGUUCCUUCAUUUCACAAAUCUUUGGCUGUGCAAUGGGGAGUAAAAUCAGUCCCAUUUUGGCUAAUAUAGUCAUGUCAGUGCUUUUGAAAUAUUGCAUUCCUCUACUGCCCUUCCAGGUGCCGAUUACCUAUCAAUAUGUUGAUGACCUUCUCCUUGCUAUUCCCGAAGACAGGACUGCUACGACUUUGGCAGUUUUCAAUAACUACGACCCACACAUUAAGUUUACUGCAGAAGAAGAAACUGAAAAUGGUGUCCCAUUCCUUGACACCAAAGCUAUCAGGUGUGCAGGUAACAUUGUAAAAUUGGAUUGGUACCAAAAACCGACCUCUUCAGGUCGCUAUAUACAUUAUAGUUCCAACCAUUCUUGGGCUAUGAAAACUAACUUAAUUAAAGGUAUGUUUCGUAGAAUUAAGAAAAUCUGCCAUCCAGACUUUCUUCAUAACAGUGAAGAAAAGUUGCUUAAGAUCUUUGAGAACAAUGGUUACCCUAGGAUGUUUUUGAACAGAUGUCUGCAUUCUCUAACUUCUGACCAAGUCGACGAGGUCCCACAAAUAAGAACAUCGACAUUAGUCGAACCUGCCACACAUGACAAAUAUGUAAGCCUGCCCCUCAUUCCACCAUUAACAGGUAAAUUGACCAAAAUUCUAAAAGAAAUUGAGAACAUAAAAAUUGCGAAGUACAAUCCUUUAGUAGUAGGCGUUCUUUUCAGCCAAACUAAAGAUAGGAUCCACACCAUGUCUAGAUCUGACGUGGUUUAUCGCAUUCCAUGUGAGAACUGUGAGUCUGUGUAUGUUGGACAGACAUCACAAUGUUUGAAAAGACGUAUCUCAAUACAUAAGAGUGACGCCAGAUUACGACCUGAUAGAUGUGCAUUAGCUAGCCAUUCGUCCUCUCUAGACCACCAUUUUAAGUUUGAUGAAGUUGAAAUAUUAUGUACCAAUUCUAACUAUAAUAAAAGAAGUUUCCUUGAAAUGUGUUUUAUAAAUGAAAAUGAAAAUAAUAUAAAUAAGAAGACUGACUUGAAGAAUUUAAGUGUUGUAUAUAGUUAUUUGUUAUCCUUAGAUCGUAGGCCAUCUAGACAAACAUGACUUUAUGUCACUUUGUGAAUUGUUGUUUUCUCUGUGUUCCCCUGUUCUGUGAGUUUUAACCUUUAAAAUUGACAUAUGCAUUACGGCAACGUUUCUGAUAUUUCUACGAUUAUUGUAUUUUUAUUGAAUUUUAUGAGUAGAAGAC